UGCCCCUCACAUCCCCGGUGUUCCCUCACAAGCGCGGUGUUCCCUCAGAAGCCCGCGUGCCCGCUCAGAAGCCCCCACGUUCCCUCACAUCCCCAGUGUUUCCUCACAGCCCUCGUACUCCUUCAGAUCCCGACGUCCCCCACAGGCCCCCGAUCGUCCUCCAAUGCCCCGCCGCCCGCCCGGCCGAGGCGCGGCCCGGGGGCGCCUGCGCCGUGGCGGUGGCGGCGCGGCGGGCGGGCCCGAGCUGCUCCGGCGGGGCCAUGUCGGGCAGGAGGGUGCGCGGGCGGCGCGGGACACGGACACGGACCCCGGAGCGGCCGCGGGCGGAGCUGUCCGGCGGCUCCCCUAGGCCUGGCCGGUUCUGCCCGCAGUGCGGGCUCGCCGUGGAGCCCGCGUUCCGCUUCUGCCCGGCCUGCGGCGGGAGGCUGCCCGCGCCCCCCGAGGAGCACACCGAGCCCGCAGCGCGGGCCCCGAGCCCGCCGCCAGCCCCCAGCCCCGCCGCCUCCCUCUCCCCGCGGGCGUCCGCGGCCCGGCUGGGGCCCUGCUCGCCCCGCAAGCCCCGACCCGGCCCGGCCGCGCCGCUCCCGGCGGACACGGUGCUGACGGACCAGGGAGGCCGGCGGUGGAAGCUGGUGCGGCUUCUGGAACAGGGCGGCUGUGGGCUGGUGUACGAAGCGCAGUCAGCAUCUGGAACCUGUCCUCAAAAGCAAAGCUACUCCCUCAAACUUGAUGCCAAAGAUGGGAGGAUCUACAAUGAACAGAAUUUCUUCCAGCGAGCUGCGAAGGCAGGCACAGUGGAGAAGUGGAAGAAGUGGCAUUCCGUGCCGCUGCUGGGCAUCCCCAACUGUGUUGGCUUUGGACUGCAUGCAGACAGCUACAGGUUUUUGGUGUUCUCUGAUUUGGGGCGGUCUCUUCAGUCGGUCCUGAGCGAUGGCCUGCACCUGCUGAAGGAGAAGGCAGCUUUUCAGAUUGCAGUUCGUGUGCUAGACUGCCUGGAGUACAUUCAUGAUAAUGAGUAUGUGCAUGGGGACAUCACUGCUGAGAACAUCUACUUGAACCCAGCAGACCUCACACAGGUGACCCUCGCUGGCUAUGGCUUCGCGUUCCGCUACUGCCCCGGGGGGAAGCACGUGGCUCGGCGCGAGGGUAGCAGGACCCCUCACGAGGGCACGGUGGAGUUCAUCAGCCUGGACAGCCACAAGGGCUCAGGACCAUCUCGACGGAGUGACUUGGAAUCUCUGGGCUACUGUCUUCUGAAAUGGCUCUGUGGCAUUUUGCCUUGGUCUGAUGAGCUGGACAAAGUAAAAGCUGUGGUGGAACAGAAAGAAAGGUACAGAAAGGAUGUGAGAUGCCUUCUCCAACUGUGUUUCAGACAGAGAUCCAUUCCAGAUGCCCUGCAGAACUACCUGGAGCAGGUGAUGGCACUGGAGUACGAGGAGAAGCCUGACUACGCGGCCUUGCGGCAGCUCUUCGGGAAGCCACUGGAAAAGAUGAAAGCUUCAGCUUAUGACUCUGUGGAUGUCCAAGUGGUUCCCUGAGAUCAAGGAAGAGUUCAGAGCUUUCUGCAGUGAGGCCUUUUCCCAGAUAUAUUUUCACUUUUACCAGUUUUAGAAUGAGAGAGGUUUUUAUAAGUGUUUCCUUCCCCUGUUAAUGUGACCCAGUGCUGAAGUUUGAGCUGCUGCUGUACCAAAUUACUGUGAAGAGACUCCUGCACGGCAGAUCAGAGGAAGCAGUAGCUGGAGAACUGCAGUGAAGCCACCAUGAGCCAGGAAACUAAAUCAGGGAUUUUCUCUUUUGAAUGAGAGUGGUAGUACAUGGUUUUGUAAUAAACUUUGUGGACAAGUA